AGUAGCGAUUAAAAGCGCUUUUUUAUCGCAGUAAGCCUAUACCCCCUUUCAUUUUUCACGAACACUCCCUUUAAGGCAACUCAGUAAGUUCAAAGAUUGGGGAAUUCAAGACAAAACCCGCGAAAUUGAAAUAGAAGAAACCAAAAACAUCUCAACCUGGCUAGUCCAUUGGAGUCCAGGGUAAGUGGCUAGUCCACUGGAGUCCAGGGUAAGUGGGGUCACUUGAAAUUACGUCUACAGUCCCUUUAAAGAUGUCAGGCAUUUGCAACAAUGGAGCUGGGUUUGCAUGCAUCAAAGAGUCCAUGGAAGAGAUGAUAAAAACAAAUAAAGAAAUAGAAGAAGAGAUAAGAAUAGAAAAGAAGAAAAUGAAAAAUAGAAUCAAAAUUCUUCUGCUGGGUUGUGGGGAGGCAGGGAAGUCUACCUUUAUCAAACAAAUGAGAAUUAUUCACGCUGAGAAGAAUCAGAGUCCUUGGACAGAUGAGCAGCUUAAACAGUACAGAUCAGAUGUGUUGAGGAACUGUAUACAAUGUAUCCAAAUUCUACUGAAUCAAAAUAAUGAAGAUCUACCAGUAGGAUACCAGAAUAAUGCUAGUAAGCUGAUGGAACUGCUGGCUGAAAAUCCUAAAGAUCAAGAUCGACUUUUUCAGCACAGUUGCAGUUAG